AUGAUGACGUCAGCAGCCGCCCGUGCCGUCACCAUGGUCGCGCUCCGCGUGCGCGUUAGCAAGCGGGUCACGUUCGGCAGCGUGUGGCGCUCGGUGGCCCUGCCCUGGUGCGCCGCCACGCGAGAGUCCCUGACGAGCCUCAAGCUCUGCAGCGUCUUGAUGGGCCUCGAGGCCUUUGCCCAGCUCCGAGCCUUCGCCAACCUCGCGCGCCUCGACAUCGUAGCGCUGGAACUCCUCGUCGCCGAGCCCGACGACGAUGCGGACCACCACUCUGCCGCUGUGAGCGACACCAUCAACGCCCUGGGCCGCCUGCGCCGGCUCGCCUUUAUGCGCAACUGCGUGAUAUACCCGGCCGUAGCGGCGGCGGCGGAAUUUGAUUCAAAGCCGCUGCGAUCGCCGACUCGGGGGCCGCGCGAGGCCACGGAGGCCGACCUGCCGACGUGGCGGCCUCGGCUCGAGCGCCUCGCCGUGAUUCGUCCCGGGGAGAAGCCCGAUCAAGCCCAGGCAACAGCGACGACGGCGCCCGAGGCCCUGCUCUACCUGGCCGUGCGCCGGCGGCCUCGCCUGCGCGAGCUCAAGCUCGAGCGCGGUAGCGGCGAGGUGGUGUCGAUACGAGACCGCGACGUUCCCACGCAACAGCUGCCUCCCGGGUGGACGACGACGUUCGAGCGCCGCACGCGCCUCUCCCUGACCAAGAGCCCCGUCGGGAGCGGAGAAGCUCGCAGAGUUGGUGCGCGCGUGCACCCGGCUGCAUGA